AUGCCGGUCGAAACUACGUCCACUACCGGGGCAAGGAGUGAACAAAAAUCCGAUGAGCCCCAGCUGCCUGACAAGUGGUGCAUCUACAGGGUUCCCAAGAAACUCCGCAAAACAAACGAUGCAGCAUACACUCCUCAACUACUUUCAAUAGGCCCUUUGCACUAUGGAAAAUCAGAACUCAAGGACAUGGAGACCUAUAAGAAAAUGUAUUAUGAGAAUUUUUGUAAACGAUGUACGAAUAGGAAGGACGAACUGAAAGGCUUCAUCGGAGAUAGAAAAAAGAACAUUCUUCACUGUUAUGCAGGGACCACUGAGCUUGGCUACAACAUUGUGGACGUAAUUUUAGUUGAUGCCUGCUUCAUCAUCCAGCUCUUUUUAUUGAACUUUGAAAAAAGUACUGAUGAUUACAUUUUGAGAUCAGAAUGGUUGAGGAAAGCUGUAGAGCACGAACUGAUACUGUUCGAAAACCAGCUUCCUUAUUCUCUUCUUGAAGAACUGUAUAAGUUUGCCAAGCCUGCAGCCUCUCCCAGCUUGCAUCCCGUCAAAGAGUCACAAGAACAAAAAGUGGAAGGAAAUGAAUCCAGCAGGGACAACCAGCAGUACAGCUCCUGCUCGACAAGUCCCCGUGAGCAUACUAUUUCUAUAGAUCAGAGUGGCAAACAAGACGAACCUGAACCUACAUUUCUUAAGCUUACAUGUGAGUUCUUUGAAGAUUAUAGUCAGGGAAAUUCCCCCCGGAAUGGAGUAAAACCGAAACAUUUCACUGAUUUGGUUAGACAUUUUCUGUGUCCAGAAGAAAUGAAAUUUAAAGAGAAGGAUGCCCCUGUAAAAAGUAAAUACGACGUAAGAAAGCUGACGGCAGCAGGGGUGAAGUUCAGGCCCCUUGAUGAAGGUACUGUACAGUACGUCAUAAAAAGAGACAGUGAUGAGGCCCACAAAUGUAAGUUCAACUUGCCAUGUUUUAGAAAUAUGAAGCUGAAGCUUACACAGUUUUGCGUUAAGUAUGAUACAGAAUGUGUCAUUCGAAAUGUCAUGGCUUUGGAGCAGAUUUUGUACCCGCGCGAGCCUUAUAUUUGCAGUUACUUUUUGCUGAUGGAUCAACUUGUCGAUACCGUGGAAGAUGUGGAUUUGCUGGUUGAGGAACAAAUUAUCGUUAACUUGCUAGGCAGCAACAAAGCAGUUAUGAAGCUGGUUAAUUCACUCUGUGAGCAGAUUAAGGAGGAUAAAUCCUGCUAUUCUGAUCUCUGUGUAGAGCUAAAUAAGCACUACGAGAUCAGUAAAGUGAACCGAAGUGUGGCAAUCCUCAAACGAGUUUACUUCAAGGAUCUUUGGACAAGCAGUUCAACUGUACUUGGAGUCGUUGUCCUGCUUUUCUCAGUCGUUGGAACAAUUAAGUCUCUAAUGUCGUAA